CCAACAUUUGAAGUGAAAUUAAAGCCCAGUAAGUGAUUCUUCUAUGUGGGUGAUGAGAGUCUGAAAGUCGACAUUGAAGCCAAAUACCUGUUUGGACAGAAGGUGGAUGGAAAUGUGUUUGUGGUGUUUGGUGUGAUGGAAGAUGAGAAGAAAACAAGUAUUCCUGCAUCUCUGCAAAAAGUUCAGAUCGUGAAAGGAGAGGGUACUGCAAAACUGACCAAUCAGAUGAUCACUGACACCUUUCCAAACAUUAACCAGCUGGUUGGACGAUCAAUCUAUAUUUCAGUCAGUCUAUUAACAGAAAGUGGCAGUGAAAUGGUGGAAGCAGAAAGGAGAGGCAUUCAGAUUGUGACGUCACCGUACACCAUCCACUUCAAAAAAACACCACACUUCUUCAAACCUGGGAUGCCCUUCAGUGUCUCGGUCUACAUAACAAAUCCUGACCAAACACCUGCUGAAAAUGUGGGAGUGGAGGUCAAUCCUGGAGGGGUCAGAGGUCAAACAAAAGCCAAUGGCAUUGCAAAAGUUACUGUCAAUACUCCGGGAGGAUCUUCAACACUGGAGAUCACUGCAAAAACCGAAGAUCCACAAAUAAAAGACGAAAAGCAACAGGCAGUUAAGAAGAUGACGGCUCAGGCCUACAUUCCCAGAAGUGGCUCCAACAACUACCUGCACAUCGGCAUUGAUGCUGCUGAGCUUCAGAUCGGUGAUCCAAUGACAGUCUAUCUGAACACUGGAAAAAGCCCAGGAUUCAAAGAUCAAGACUACACAUAUAUAAUCUUAAGUAAAGGUCAGAUCGUUCAAGCAGACAGGUUUAAGAGGAAAGGACAAUCUCUAGUGGCUCUGUCUCUGCCUGUAACCAAAGACAUGGUGCCAUCCUUCCGCUUUGUGGCUUAUUACCAUGUGGGCCUGUCUGAAGUGGUGUCUGAUUCAGUCUGGGUGGAUGUGAAGGACACGUGCAUGGGAAAGCUCCAGAUUGAGGUGAAGGAGAAGAUGAAUACCUAUGGCACAGGAGAUGAGGUCAAGCUGCAGAUAACUGGAGAUCCUGGAGCUAAAGUUGGUCUGGUGGUGGUUGACAAGGCUGUUCAAGUCCUUAACAAGAAAAGACUCACUCAGACUCAGAUCUGGGACGACAUAGAGAAGCAUGACACCGGCUGUACAGCAGGAGGUGGGAGGGACAGUAUGGGGGUUUUCACUGAUGCAGGUCUGAUGUUUGCGUCCAGCACUGCAGGAGGAACCAACACCAGAACAGUGACUGAAUGUCCCGUCCCUGCAAAGAGAAAACGAAGAUCUGAGAGUCUCCUGCAGAUCACUAGUACACUGGCUGGUCAAUACUCUGGUGAACUGAAGCAGUGCUGUUUUGAUGGAAUGCGGAAUAAUAAACUAGGCUACACAUGUGAACGAAGAGCCACGUACAUCGUCGAUGGGGCAGAGUGUGUCAAGGCCUUCCUGGACUGCUGCAACAAAAUGAAAACCAGCAAGAACUUGAAGACCGAAGAGGAGGAGAUGAUUCUGGCUCGGAGCGAAGAUGAUGAUGAAAUGUAUUAUACAGACUCUGAAGAGAUCGUGUCACGUACACAGUUCCCUGAGAGUUGGUUUUGGGAUGAGUUUGAGCUAUGUGACACAUGUACAGACAAAGAAAAAGUGAUGUACCUGAAAGACUCUAUCACUACCUGGCAGAUCUUGGCUGUCAGUCUGUCACCAACACUUGGCAUCUGUGUGGCAGAACCUGAGGAGAUGGUCGUUUUUAAGAGCUUUUUCAUUGACCUAAAGAUACCUUACUCAGCUGUGCGUGGUGAACAACUGGAAAUCAAGGCCAUUAUUCACAACUUCACCCCAAUGAAUCUGAAGAAGGUGCGUGUGGAGUUCAUGGAGACAGAAGAUGUUUGCAGCUCUGCCAGUAAGAAAGGCAAAUACAGAACAACAGUAUCUGUUGACAAAGGCUCCAGCAUAGCUGUUUCAUAUGUGAUUAUUCCCAUGACGCUGGGAAAUCAUGAUAUUGAGGUGAAAGCUGCAGCAUUUGAUUUCUCUGAUGGAGUGAGAAAGCCGCUGAAGGUGGUGUCUGAGGGUGUGCUGAUUUCAUUACAAAGAGAAAAUGUGGAGCUCAAUCCUGCUAAGAAUGAGGAAAAACCUAUACUUCUUAAAGCUGACAUACCAGCUGAUCGGCUUCCAGACACACCUGCUAACACAUUCAUCUCAAUUACUGCUGAAGAGAUCGCUCAGACAGUCGAGCAGGCCAUCAGUGGAGACUUCAUGGGUCGCCUUAUUUUCAAGCCCACUGGAUGUGGAGAGCAGAACAUGUACCGCAUGACGCUACCUCUCAUUGCCACUCAUUAUCUGGACAGCACCAAUCAGUGGGACACUGUUGGCAUGGAGCGCCGUAAUGAAGCCGUCAACCAUAUCAGCACAGGUUAUCAAGGGCAGCUGAACUACCGCAAAACAGAUGGAUCUUACGCUGUCCACAUAAAAACGCCAAGCAGCACAUGGUUGACAGCAUAUGUGGCUAAAGUCUUCGCCAUGGCCAAUAACCUUGUUUCUAUAGAGGGAAAUGUGAUCUGUAGUGCCCUCAAGUGGCUGGUUCUGCACAAACAAUUGCCAGACGGCUCCUUUAAAGAGGAAUCAGCUGUAAUUUCAAGAGGGAUGGUGGGUGGCGUACAGGGCAAUGAUGCUGAUGCCUCUCUGACGGCUUUUGUUGUGAUUGCCAUGCAAGAGGCCAGAGAGAUCUGUGCUGAAUCAGUUGCUAGUCUGCCUGAAAGUAUCAGGAAGGCUGUUGUCUUCUUGGAAGGUCGACUUCCACAACUGACCAAUCCUUACGCUGUUGCGAUGACAUCCUACGCCAUGGCCAAUGCCAACAAACUCAAUAAAGGCAUCUUGAUGAGACACUCCACCCAAGGAGAAGCCGGUCGGUCCUGGACUGUCCCUGGACAACAUCAUCACUCACUAGAGGCGACGGCUUAUGCUGUGCCGGCGCUUGUGAAGGACAAAGACUUUGAUAAAGCAGGAGAAGCAGUGCAUUGGCUGAACAGACAACAGACUCACUAUGGUGCUUAUGGCACCACACAGGCGACCAUCAUGGUGUUCCAGGCCGUGGCAGAGUAUCGCACGCAGGUGAAGGACCGACAAACCUUCAAUCUGGACGUGGAGCUGUCCGUGGCAGGAAGAAGCAAACCUGUCAAAUGGGCUAUCAAAAGAAAUAAUGCACAUCUUACACGAUCAGACAGGAUGGAAAUAAACAAGGAGUUCAAUGUAACUGCUAAAGGAACUGGAACAGCCAUUCUCUCAGUUCUGACGCUGUACUACGCCAGACCUGUUGAGAAGAAAUCUGAAUGUACUUUCUUUGAUCUGACUGUUAAAAUGGAGAAAGACAAUGAAGCAAGACAAGGAGCCAUUGCAAGUUACAACUUCACUAUGGAUUUCUUCUACAAAGAUGAUAAAACUGAUGCCACCAUGACAAUUCUGGACAUUGGCUUACCGACUGGAUUUGAAGUUGAAGAAAGUGAUCUUAAACAGUUGUCUUCAGGGAAGGAGAGAUACAUUCAGAAAUAUGAGAAGAAUAAAGUUCUUUCAGAGCGAGGAUCCCUCAUCCUCUACUUAAAUAAGGUUUCUCACAGAGAGACAGAAAGAAUUGUUUUCAGAAUGCACCAGAUGCUUAAUGUGGGUCAACUACAACCUGCUGCAGUCACAAUAUAUGAAUAUUACUCACCAGAUGCACGCUGUACAAAGUUCUACCACCCUGAAAGGACAGAUGGUGCGAUAUACAGACUGUGUAAAGGAGACCUGUGCCAGUGUGCAGAAGUUGCACGCUGUACAAAGUUCUACCACCCUGAAAGGAAAGAUGGUGCGAUAUACAGACUGUGUAAAGGAGACCUGUGCCAGUGUGCAGAAGAAAACUGCAGUUACCAGAGGAAGUAUCGGGUCAAAGAUGAGGAGCGUUUGAAUAAAGCCUGUGAAGCUGGCAUGGAUUAUGUUUAUAAAGUCACAGUGGUGGGAAUGGAUCUGAAACAGGACUCUGACAUCUAUGACAUGAAGUUGGAGCUGGUGCUGAAAGAAGGCACUGAUGAGGAAGUUGAGGGGAAAGUAAUACCAUUCCUGGCUCGUCCCGGUUGCAGAGGACAUUUAGGAUUGGUAAAAGGCAAGUCAUACCUCAUCAUGGGCAGAUCUGUUGACCUGCCAGAGCUGGGAGGAAGUCUGCAGUAUGUUUUUGGAGAGCAGACCUGGGUUGAAUACUGGCCUACAAGAGAGGAAAGCCCAACUCCAGAACACAGGCAGCGAUACAUCGGCAUCACUGAGCUCAAGAAUAGCCUUCUCAGAUAUGGAUGCACUUUAUAAAUAUAGUACAACUAUUUCUUUACUACAGGAAAUGUAACAUUAUCUUUUGCAUACUCUAAAUAAAUUGUUCUUGAUAAUAA